AUGUCCGACGACGAUGAAUACUAUGAAUUCGAGGAUGAAUACAUGUACGAGGAUUUAGUCCCAGACAUGGUCGACGAUCUCGCCGCUUCCUCAUAUUACGAAGCCGCCCUAUACGAAGACCCAAGCAUUGAUGUCGAAGAAUAUUUCAGCGACUGGGACUAUUAUUCAGACGAUUACCACGACGAUGACGCAACCGUCGAACAAAGCGCAGAGAGAAAGAAAAGAACCGCGAUCGCAGCGACAGCACCACGACGAACGAAAGCAUCUUCCCGUCCAAAAGCCCACAUCGCCAGAAUCCCGCCGACGAAAUCUCCACUUGUGCCGGAUAUCGCCUCUUUCCAGGGCGUGGUGUGGAAAACACCCGCGCUGGACCGGGACCAGGACGUCGCCAUUUUGUACGAGCCGGACACGGGCGAGAAAGUCGCGCUUCUGGAGAACUGGCGGGAGGUCUUCAAAUCUGCCCAACCGGCGCUGGAUAGGUCGCGCCUGAAAAGCCGACACGUUGUUGAAUCCAAGCCCAUCGACCCGUCGCUGGCUGACGAUGAAAUGUUCGCUGGUGAUGGCACAGAUGACGAGUCUGAUAGCGAGGACGAGAUGUCUGAUGUUAUCUUGUCGGAUUCCUCGGCGGUUGAUGCUGGAGAUACUGGGGAUGCUUCGAAUACAACUCCGGACCCGGAUCCGGAUUCUUUCCGCUCGAUGAAACUGUCUUCGCCGCCGAAGGUUGUGAUUCCGUUGAAGAGAGGGCGGAAGCGGAAGGCCGUUGCACAGAAGGAUGAUACCGAUGAGGACACGGCGUCACCUCGUCCGAAGAGGGUUGCGUUGCGGAAAGGUGGUGGUGAUAAGGCUACAAAGCAUGCGGCACCGCCGGUGCGCAGGUCUGCUAGACAGAAGAAGUAG